AGAAUCUAGAACAGAGCACCCAGGCCACGCAGACCACAAGCAGAAGAAAAGAGGAAGAAAUAUUCCUCCCGUCGAAAGCCAAGCCGGCGACGGAAAGAGCGACAAGGCAGCAGGAGAGUAGGACGCGCCGACCGAUCUGCUGCGUAGAGGAGGGGAUCGCCGGAGAGGAGAGCAGAGAUGUUCCUGGUGGACUGGUUCUACGGGGUGCUGGCGUCGCUGGGGCUGUGGCAGAAGGAAGCCAAGAUCCUCUUCCUCGGCCUCGACAACGCCGGCAAGACCACCCUCCUCCACAUGCUCAAGGACGAGCGGCUCGUACAGCACCAGCCGACGCAGUACCCCACGUCGGAGGAGCUGAGCAUCGGCAAGAUCAAGUUCAAGGCCUUCGACCUCGGCGGCCACCAGAUCGCUCGCCGCGUCUGGAAGGACUACUACGCCAAGGUGGAUGCUGUCGUGUACUUGGUGGAUGCUGUUGACAAGGAACGGUUUGCCGAGUCAAAGAAAGAGCUUGAUGCUCUUCUUGCAGAUGACUCGCUUGCGAACGUUCCUUUCCUCAUACUGGGCAAUAAGAUUGACAUCCCGUACGCAGCUUCAGAGGAGGAGCUGCGCUACUACCUUGGGCUGAGCAACUUCACAACCGGAAAGGGCAAUGUGAACUUGUCUGACUCCAAUGUUCGCCCCCUGGAGAUCUUCAUGUGCAGUGUGGUGCGCAAGAUGGGCUACGGCGAAGGCUUCAAAUGGAUGUCUCAGUACAUCAAGUGAAGCGCCGCACACCUCUGUCCAUAGCACUGGCGUAGGUGCUCUCGCAGGUGGUCGGAGUCAGGUCUGGUCGUCACACUAUGGAGAAAUCCUCAGCUGUAUGAAAAAGUUUAUGGUAGCUAGUGGUAGGCAAAUCCUGUAAGUUUGUGUUAAUCCUAGAUAUGUGAUGGGGUCGAUUUUCUUUUCUGAUUGCUUGUGAGUGACGGUCACAGUAAAAAAAAAAAAGCGGUUUCUGGAACCGCUGCCAGGCAGCGAGAAGUAUUCCAGCUUAUGUAAUCACGUUACUUCAACCAGUGAAAUAUCUGGUAGCAGCUUUGGUGAACUUUCGUCCCUAACGAUGCUUUUGUGGUUCCUGAAA